AUGCGCUUCAGGAGUCAGCUGUCCAACAUUGGAACCUUCGCCAAAUUUACGGCGUCGCUCGCAUCUCUGGGAAAGAUCUGUUGGAUGAGAUUGGAAGACGAGGUCGUUCGUUUUACGAUCAUUCCGGAUCAGGGCACGCAGGUGUGGGCGCAGCUGCCGAUUUCCGCUACGGGUGUGAUCAACCUCGAAGUCCCCAUUGGGGCACUCUCCCGCGCUCUGCGUUCCGCCAUUAAUGCGAAUUCUGCUCAGCUGCGUCUGACAAAGAAGGGUGCGGUUCCCCUCCUUGCUCUUACCGUCGUUGUAUCGUCAUGGACCGCAGGGAACAAUGCUCUGGGGAUAGAAUCGUCUGAAGCGGUUGGCGCCGCUCCAGGAGCUGACGAUGAUCGACCGUCUCAGACGGCAGCUCCAGGGGGAAGACGAGGAGGAGGGCCUCGGGAGCGAGAAACCGUUAUCACACAAGAAAUCCCCGUCAAAGUGCUGCAUCAGUCAGUCGUCGAAGGAUUGCACGAGCCCAGGUGCCGUGAUCCUGACGUGCAUAUCAUCCUACCCAGUUUGGCCCAAUUGAAGGCCAUAUCGGACCGAUUUACGAAGCUAGCCAUGAGCAACAAUGGUGCCAGCGGGAGUAGAGGUAGAUCCGGAGGCGGCGCCUCAUUGUCUUCAUCCACCCUGGGACCCAGGCUCGAGCUGAGCGCAAAUAUGCACGGUUCGCUGAAGCUGGCCAUUGCAACCGAUGCACUUCGGAUUUCCAGUGUCUGGACGGGCCUCGUCAAUCCGCCCCUGGAUCCGAGUCAGCUCUCCCAGACAGAAAUCGAGCAGCUACCCAGCGAAAGGAUGAGAGCGUUGGGGGCGCAAGCGAACGGCGACGAGGAAGCCGGAUGGGCAAAGGUCCGCAUUGAUGGGAAGGACUGGGGUCGCGUACUGAGUGUUGGGCGACUGAGUCCGAAGGUAGUAGCUUUUCACUAUCUAUUAACCAUGCGGGUCUUUUAUUCAGGUUUCAUCCAUGAGACCGCCCUAAUCCUUUACGUCUAUCUCCGAGGGGGUUUUUCGGGAGAAGAGUCAUGCUUGACUGUGAGUAUUCAGUUUUUUUAUAAAAAACAACAAACAAUUACAAGUCCGCUGAUACAUCCUGAACAACCAAGUACUAUAUCAACUCCUAUUCGACCUGAAAAAGUCCCAACAGGGGCAAUUUUGAUGAUUCCCACGAUUUCAACGACUCGCAGCGGGCUCUACGGGCGACGUUGUAUAUCGCUACAACAUGCAACAUUGCAUUUGACCAAUGAAUGCCCUUCUGCAAGUCUGCCAAUGGAAUGA